AUGAAAGACAUCGGCAAAUCUCGACCAUUACGUAUCGGUAUAUUAGGUUUUGGUCAUCUUGGACAAUUCAUUUAUAGGCAUUUACAAAAUGACUUCGAAGUUGUAUUUAUUUGGAAUCGGUCGAAAGAAGCUUUCGCUAACUAUGGCGAAGAAUUCGAUAGAAACUUGAUCGCUGCUACUGUCGAAGAAGGUUUGCAACGUUCGCCUGAUUUGGUUGUUGAAGUGACACAUCCGGAUGUCGUUGAAACAUAUGCUGAUAAAAUACUCGACAUUUGCGACUUAUUCAUUGGUUCACCGACUGCACUUGCUCGAGCAUCAGUUGAAGAUUUAUUACGUCGAAAGACUCAAGAUUCUGGCCAUGUUGUCUAUAUAGGCACUGGUGCUUUUUGGGGCGCUGAAGAUAUCAACAAGAUGAACGAACGCAAUGCCCUUCGUUCAUUAACAAUCACAAUGAAGAAACAUCCUGAUUCUUUCAAACUUAAUGAACCGCUACAUUCGAAAUUAAUCGAAGAACGAACUAAACUCGGUGAUCAGCACGGUGAAAUUCUUCUCUAUUCUGGCCCAGUUCGGGAACUGUGUCAAUUAGCUCCCAACAAUGUCAACACGAUGGCCGUUGGCGCAACAAUCGCCAGCCAUCUAGGCUUUGAUGGCGUUCAAGGUCGUUUAAUUGCUGAUACAUCAUUAGACGAUCGACAUGUCGUUGAAAUUGAAUUAAAUGGACCGGAAACUUCGGUUGGCGAAAAGAAAAAACUCGGAUUCCAUGUCAAAACUAUUCGAACUAAUCCUGCUGAAUUAGGUACGGUCACUGGUACAGCUACGCUACUCUCGUUUGUUAGUAGUAUCAAACGUGCAAAAGGCUACACGACAGGCAUUCAUGUUGUCUGA